AAACUAGUGCCUACCAUGUGUCGGGCCUCUGCCGCGUCUGUAUCUUGCUCCCCACAACCUCUCUACGAGACAGACCAUGCGGGAUGCCCGUUUUACACACGGGUAAGGUCCCUAGACCAGGUUGCACCUGGCCAUUCUCCCACAGCCAGGACCAAGCCUAGAGGUGGUAGCAUCCUGGGGUCAGUCCCUCACUGUGCUUCUCCACAGGUCCAGAACGUCCACGGAGCUUUCAACGCUCUCGGGGGAGCAGACAGACUCACCUCCAACCCCCUCGCCUCCCACGACUACAUCUUGAAGAUCGUGCCCACGGUUUACGAGGACAAGAGUGGCAAGCAGCGGUACUCUUAUCAGUACACGGUGGCCAACAAGGAGUAUGUCGCCUACAGCCACACUGGCCGCAUCAUCCCCGCCAUCUGGUUCCGCUAUGACCUAAGCCCCAUCACGGUCAAGUACACGGAGAGACGGCAGCCUCUGUACAGGUUCAUCACCACGAUCUGUGCCAUCAUCGGCGGGACCUUCACUGUUGCUGGCAUUCUGGACUCGUGUAUCUUCACAGCCUCGGAGGCCUGGAAGAAGAUCCAGCUGGGCAAGAUGCAUUGACGACCCGCCUGGCCCGAUGGCCGAGGACCCAGGGAGACCGCCAGCCCUGUCUCCAGCGCCCCGUCUCCUCCUGCCUUCUAUCUGGCCCAGGAUCUGGCUGCGUCCCAAAGUGGGGGUGAGGGGAGGGAGGGGGUGGCUCACGGGUUCGCAGCUACCUCUUUUCCCCAUGUUUAACUGUAGAUGAAUUACACUGCCUGAAGUCUGGGUGCCCCUUUCUUUCCCUGAGGAGCCCCAAGACCAGAGUCAGGCAGGGAAGGUUCGGGGAUGCUGGAGACCACUCCUGGGAAAACUGUAGUCCUUUCCCUGUUGGGCGAGCAGCUCAGAAUCCAUCUUGACCAGUUCUCAGCCAGGCUUUGACAAUCUCUCAGAGCUCCCCACCGUUUGGUCCCACUAAUCACUUGGUUUCUCCCCUGGGCAGCCAGCCUGCAGACCUGGGCUCUGGGCUUUGGACCAGGCUGCCCAAAGGUACCUCCCACCUGGUGCCUUCAACAAAGAAUGGUACUUCCCAGGCAAGCCCCUGACACGUGGCCCUGUAGAUGGAGCCCUUGUUUCUCCAUCCCUUCCUGCCCGACCUAGAGCCCAGGCCUCAAGGCCCUCACCCCCACCCCUUUCUUUUCUUCCCCAGAAGCAGAUGCCCAGUUGUUGGGCAGCAGCUGUGUAGACUCAAGUCUGCCCACUGGUCCUUGGGUGCGUGGCGAGUUCCCCUUCCUCUCUCUCUUCAUUGUUCCUCUGAACCCCCUGCCAAUGUGCCUCAGCCCCCGUGCUGUGUGGCCACAGCGUGGCUUGGUGGAGGGGCUGGCUGUGACUGGGAAGUCAUCCUUGGAGAGCCAGACAUGGUUUGUGCACUUAUGUCCAGAUGGGAAGCAUCCUUUUCCGCGACCCUAAAAUAAUCAUGUCUCAGCCUCUCCCAGGCGGCUUGCUGUCGGUCCCAAGGCCUUAGGUGGGGGAAGCAAAGCAGACCAGCCCUUCUCCCAUCUUAGCAUGUCCACCCUCGGGGCUCCCAAGGGUGCAUAGCGCUUGGACCUCUCUGCAACCCAGUUGUGGCCCACUUGCCCCACCAAGCUCCUCACUGGCUGGCCACACACUAACUCGGUCCUGUUCCUGGGGCGGCUCCACUGUUUCCUCACUUGCUCUUGGGUGGGUCCCUACCCCACUGCUUCCCCCCAUCCUUCCCCCUUAGUCCUGAAAGGGAGAGGCAAUGGUCCAGGCAUGAAUUACACCCAGGGAAUUUUAGGUAUGCCCCCCCCUUUCCAGGGAGAGAGUCGCCCACCUGUUUUCCAUUUAUAUCAAGAUUGUUUGCAUACUUUUGUAAUUAAGGGGAGUGUAAUUAAGGGGAGUGGAAGACGUUUUUAAAUUAUCUCUGUGGAUGGUUCAAGUCUCUGCCGUUUGUAAUUUUUGACUCUAGAUUCCAAUUAGAAAAGCUUCUCCUUUUGCAUAUGAGUUGACGAAUGUGAGUGUAAACUGCAUUUGGUUAUUUCUGGUAUCUGUGGCCACUCAGAUGGAUUUUUUUUUUUUUUUUUUGCAUUCUCUUCCCCAGUUACAGAAAGGAGCCCCUUGGGUGUGUGAAUACGUGUGCCUGUAAAGGGUGGGCAGGGCAGGGUGGGGAAAUGUGUGGCAUGCAAGUGAAUUGAAAUCCCACGUUUAUGCAUUUAAAAAAAAAACCAACUCUUGAGGACAUAGGGGAUGUCAGUUUCCUAUGGAAGAGACACCUCUGACCCAUUAUUCUUAUAAACAAAAUCUCAAGGGAAAAAAAUGUUUUAGUUCUUUCUCCACUCAUUGGGUUCAAAUAGAUUAAAAGGCUGAUUUUCAGAAA